UUAAUUUUAGGUGUCAACAGCGAGCUACAUAUCAAAAUAUCGAUAUACGACGACGACGACGAUGAUAUGCAGGGAGAGGAGAAUGUUGGCAGUGGCUGUUGCUACGUGUAAAGUAGUGAUAAUACUUGGAGCUCUGCUGCUGCAGAUUGCUCGAUCUCAAUCACCGGUUGAGCGGUCGGACCACAAGUGCGGCCAAUACGCCGACGGCACAUGGGCUCUUUGCGACCCGGGACGAUGUUGCAGUACCCAAUUCUACUGCGGCGACAAUGUCAUCACGUUCCUUUUCCUUCGAGAAGUGAUCAUGGAGUAGCUCAUGAAACGGCAGAAGGAGAAGUACUCAUCGCACCUCUUCAACUUAACGAUACGCUUCAUAACCGCUAUUUGAAUGGUGAUCUUGAUGAUAAUGAUGAUCUCGUGGAAGUGCGGCCCGCCAAUGCUUCUUCUUCUUCUUCUUCUUCUUCUUUCUCGUCACCGUUAUCGUGUGCAGCUUCUCUCUCCCGCCUGCCUCUAGCUUCUCGUCACAAGUAUCCUCUUGCUGCUCUACGCGCCCCGCGGUCUCAAAACAUUAAUGCUUCCGCUACUCACUGCGGACGUUGUUUGAAGGUCACAAGUUUUGGAGUUGGAGGACUUCCUAAUCAAGUGAAGGUCCGCAUUGCUCACGAGCAUACCAACGCGGAGGGACUUGAAUUGGAUUUCAAUACUUUCAGACAACUCGAUACAGAUGACAAUGGAAUUAUUAAAGAUUUAGAUCAUAUUUUGGUGAAGUAUCAGUUUGUUGGCUGUUAAAAGGCAUGUACGUGUACGUUUGUCAGCAAUGUGCAAGUACUCAUAAAAUAUUUAUAAGGAAAGAAACUACUCAUAAAAUAAAAGCAAAUAAUAAGAUAACAGUAACUACAUUAUAUUUGUAGUUUAUUUAAUAAUAAGAUAACAGUAAC